UGGGCGGAUGGAGCAGGUUAAAGCUGUGUGGUCUUGCUGUAGAACAUGUCUUAUAGCUAAAACCCACACAAACCGUUUCAUUAUUUCAAAGUGAUUUGCGAGCUCGAGCGAAAUGAAUGUAUAAGAUAUAUUUGCCACCUCUUAGUCACCUCUGUAGGCUACUCACACGUCCCCCGCCUUCUCUCUCUCUCUCUCUCUCUCUCUCUCUCACACACACACACACACACACACACACACACAGAGUCAUAUCUCUAAAAUGCCCCUGGUUACCACAACGGCUGAAACAGGACUGUAUAAUCAUGUGUGUGGCUCCGGGUGUGUGGUUGAUGCAGAUGCGGUGGAAGUGAAGGAGGCUGAAACCAGAUCCGUCUUGUCUUAGUGUCGCCUGUCUUAUAAAACAAGAUCAAUGCUGGGCCGGAACCACUGGUGCAUCGUUAAGCUUUUUCGCCACAACUUGAUCAACUUGCAUGUCAUAAGGAAUGAAAGACGGACAUGGAUUACUAGGAUUACUAGACGGGGAAUCAACCAGACGAUUUCUUAAGAAGCGGCACUCCAAGCCAGAUCUGUGUGUGUGGGGUGAAAACCUCUAGAGCUCUCCCUGAUCUUGCUAAUCGUCGCUGGGAAAUUUUCAAAGGUGCUGGAACGCAGCGGGGAAAGAGCAUCAGCAAGCUGUAGAGCAGGACACUUUGCUCAACAUCAGUCCUGAAGCUCAAGUAAAUUUAAAGCUCGAUUCAGCACAGUGCUAAAUGGAGACAACAAUAAAACCGUGGGUAAUAUAGGGGGGUUUGGUGAGACCGGGCCACUCGAAACCUUAUGCGCCGAUCCGCGCUCAGGACUGAGAGGCAGGUGCAGUAAAGGCGCAUCCAUGAGCGUCUUCUCCUGGGACAGACUGUUUUAGCACUGUAUGUUUAGUGUUUUAAACAUACAGCUCUGUUGAAAAGACAGGCUCCUCUGGGUUGAAAGACAGAGAGAGAGAGCGAGAGGGAGAGAGAGAGCGGCGCAUUUGGAAGUUUGGAUGCAUAUGAUCACAACCACCAUGAUUUUUAUGAUCCUUGGUGCUUCUGUUGUAAUGGCGAUAGCGUGUCUAAUGGACAUGAACGCGCUGCUGGACCGCUUUCACAACUACAUCCUACCGCAUUUACGAGGGGAGGACCGCGUCUGCCACUGCAACUGUGGAAGACACCAUGUGCAUUAUGUAAUUCCAUAUGAUGGGGACCAUUCGUUGGUGGACUCAUCGGAGAACUACUUUGUGAGUGACAGUGUGACCAAGCAGGAGAUGGACCUCAUGCUGGGGCUGUUGUUGGGCUUCUGCAUCAGCUGGCUAUUGCUGUGGCUAGAUGGAGCAUUACACUGUGCUGUGCGGGCCUGGAGAGCCAGCCGCUACUAUGACACACCGUCCUGGUCCUGGCUCCCUCAGUUCUGCAACUUGCGGGAUCUCCGUAGACGUACACAGUUACGACAGCUGGAAGACUCCAGUGGAAACAUGGUGCAUAUCAAGCAAAAGCUUUAUCAUAACGGUCAUCCCAGCCCCCGUCACCUUUGACUCUGAACCCCACAAACCCCUUUACUGCCCCAUUAUUAAAUGCUGCCUCAGAGACCCUCUUCAACAGUCCCACUACAGUCCAAACCACUUUUUUGACUUUCUACAGCCAUUCGUUGCAAUUCACUAUUUGGGAUUCCAAAAACUGAGACUCAAGAACAAAGAAAUCAUAACUUUUUCCACACACCAUGUUCGUUGGGGUGGUCAGGGAGGGGUAGGUUGGUAGUGGUGGGGUUGGUAACAUUUUGAGAGUCUUUUUUCUGUACAGGUAUUUUUUUAAUUCAAUCUAGGCAUGCACUUUUAAAAUUGGUGGGGGGUGGGGGGAAACAAAUACAUGCAGCGUUAAAUGGGGCAGCGAGACUGAACUGCGUCACUUCAUUUUCUUUUUUUGGUCAUUUGUUUUGUGGAAUGGAUUUAGGAACCCAUAUGGGAGGGAGAAGGGAUGAUGAUUGUGGUUUUGUGACAGCAUAGUUCAAGAUGAUUGCUCAUGUAAAUAGUUCUACAUAUUGUUUUAUGGGACUUAAGUCAACACAGGGUUAGGGAAUGUUAGAAAUGAAUAAUACAUUAUGUGCCAGGAAAAUAGAGUAAUGGAGUGUGGAAAAUAAAAAGUCUGAAAACAGAAGUAUGAUAUGAAUUGUUUGACUGGAUGGAAAGACAUCUCUGUAAAAUAACGAUUGACAGAUUUGUUACUUAGUGAAAUAAAUGAAUGUAUUUAAUUUUAUCUGUAAAUAAAGGAGAGGGAGGGAAACAUAUGAGCGGCCAGGACUCUUUGUGCUGUACUGAGUAUGACUGGUUGAAUUACAGAGUCUUCAGCACUUGCCUUGUCUUUCCUUGACUCUGUCCAAUAACCUUUACAGGUCUCCUUCUAAAUGACUCUAUAGUUAAAUGAGUCCAUCUAGCCUGGCAGCAGAAAGAGCCCUGACCCACUUUCCACUUCCUCUCCAUCUCCAGACAUUGCUGUUGUGAAAAUGAAAUGUCUGUUUUAUUAAAAGUGCAGUUGAAGCACAACUGGG